GUGGUAAACUGGGACAGCACUGCAGACUACAUGGCUAGCUGGCGGCCUGCAGUUGAGCUGGAGGCUGCAGCAAGUGCUGCAGAUGAAGAUGACACCAGAAUCCUCUCGAAUGUCGAGAUCACAUGGGGUGAAACAGGGGUGGGCUCCUUCGUGGUGCCCAGCGCUCUUGCAUCAGCACAUCGCAUGAAGAUGCGCGGCUUGAUUCGAGGAGAAGAUGGGCCGACGGAGUGGAGUUCUGGAUGGUUGUGUUUGCGCCUCCCCGCGCAGCAAAGCAGCGGAGGUAUCGGUUGGCGUGGCCAUGCAGGCAUUGUAGAUGCUGAUCUCGUCGGUGACGACGGUAAUGCUCAGCCAUUGGCUGUCGUUGUUGGUGAGGAGGAUGCUCAAAUUCCGCAGACGAUGUCCCUUCGCAUCAGCUUCCAGAUGGUUCCUGGUGCUUCAGACUCCUCCGGGACGCCCGGAAUCAGGAAAACUGGCUACCUAGUUGAGUUCAUUCCGAAAUCGCUGCCAUACAGCUGCAUGGCGGUGGCACUGGCAGAGCUGAGUUCUGCAUCUCCGCUGCUCCGGGAGGUCGUCCUUCAGGCCAGGGCACCAGCACCUGGCCGCCCUGGCCCUGCAGCUUCGCAGCGAUGCCUUGACGACGAGGCUUCCUGGCACUCGGAAGCGCAGGAGUCUUUUGCAAAGAGCAUGGACCUGAAGCCUUGGCGCUUGAAUCCUCCUCAGGAAGCGGCGGUUCGCGGCUCCUUAGAGGAUGCUUUGUCGCUGAUCCACGGCCCUCCCGGGACUGGCAAAACCACUACAGCUGCUGCACUGUGCGUGCUGUAUGCUUUGUGGAAUCUUGACUGUGGACAAGUGGCAGCGGUAUUGUACUGCACGCCAAGCAAUGAUGCUGCUGACGUUGCCUGCCUACGCGUUGCUGAGUCAUCGGCAAGGCAUUUCCAGGCCCUGGCCACAAAGCGGCGCCAAGAAGUCGUUGCCGCCGGGACCAGCGAGGACUGCCCAAUCUGCUUCAAUGGUUCAUGCGAUGUCAUCACUGCUUGUGGUCAUCAAUUUCACCGGAGCUGUCUGGAACAAGCUCGUGCUGCAGGGAACUCAACUUGUCCGCUUUGUCGUCGCCCGCUGCGUCAAUCUGAGGGAGGUUUAACAGCACUUCGAGUCUACAGUGCUGAGAUGGAGCGUGGCGAUUUUCCC